UCAAUCAGGGCUUCCCCAAAAAGAAUUCACAAAUAAAACAAAAUUCUGAUGGACCUUAAUUUGAAUAAUUCUAAGUUGCAAUACGAAGAGGAAGAAGUAUUGUUGUCCACGCUGAAUGGAGUAGUGAUUACGGGAGAUCUCUUGCCCAUAUUGGAUGAUCAGACUCGUUGGAGUUCAACUUAUUACUUUCUUAAGCGCUCAUUACGGCUGAAAAAUGCAAUAAAUGAAAUCGCAAAAGAUUGGGAUCUUAGGAAGAAUGAAUUGCAACCGGGAGAAUGGGAGAUAGUGAAAGAAAUCUUCGAGUUUUUUAAAAGUUUCGCCAUCAUCACGACUUACAUCGAGGCAACCAAGUACCCAACGCUUUUCCUGGUGGUUCAUAUGUACAAAAGCUUCUGGAUCUCCUCGAAAAAGUGUCAACGGACCGAAGAAAACAUUUCAUUGAUCCAAGAAGGGGCACAAGCUGGAUUGAAGAAAUUGUCGUCGUAUUACGAGAAAUCCUCUCCUUUGGUAAAGACAGCGACAUUUAUGGAUGCACGUUGCAGAAUGAACUAUUUUUUGGUCAACGACUGGAAUGUUGGCGCAGAGCUAACAAAUUCAUAAUCAUCUCUUGAUGAAGACCUCAUUUCAGCAAGAGUGAA